AUGAAGCUGGUGUGGUGCCCCGACACGGCCUCCAAGGCCUACAUCGACGGCGUCCGUGCGAUCGCCAACGACGCCUCCGCCGACGGUUCGCCCGAGCUCGCCGAGCUCGUCGCUGCCAUGGCCGGCGGCUGGAACGCCCAGCUCAUCGUCGACGCCCCGUACGUGGACGUGGACGCCUCGCCGCCGCCGUCUAGCAGCCGCCGCCCGCCCGCCACCAGCCUCGCGCUCGCCGCCGCCGCGCGCCGCACGGGCGGCCGCUACGCCCGCCUCGACAACGACAACGACAACGACGGCGCCACGACUCAGGAGGCCAUCAACUCGUCCUCCGCCGCCGAGGCGGCCAUGGCGCGGCUGGAGGGCGUCGACCUCCUCGUGCUGGACGCGCGGCGGCGAGACGCGGCGGCCGUGCUGAGGGCGGCGAGGCCAGGGCCCAGGGGCAUGGUCGUGGUGCGCCACGGCGACACCACCGGCGGCGGCGUCCGGCGCCGCGCUGCCGCCUCCGCCACCGCCUCCGCCACCGCGCCGUGGGGGACGAUGGCGGCCGGGACCAGGGUCGUGCGCGCCGCCUACCUCCCCAUCGGCGCCGGCGGCGUCGAGGUGCUGCACGUCGGGGUCGGCAAGGGCCCCAGCCUGCCGACGGCGCAGCAGCAGAGCAGGAGGUCCGGGCGUGGGCGGUGGAUCCGCCACGUCAACCACCGCACCGGCGAGGAGCACGUCUUCCGGCGCCAGUAG